AUGUUCAACCAGACAUUGAAGAAGAAGAGCGACCCUGGAGAGUUCAUUAUCUCAUGCCUAGUUAAAGGCAUUGAAUUCUCACAUGCACUAUGUGAUACAGGAGCAUCAGUCAGCAUCCUACCAAAGGUUAUGGCAGACCAUCUAGGUCUGAAGAUAGAACUUUCCAAGGAAUCAUUCUACUUUGUGGAUUGUUCCAGGAGGAACUCAUUAGAAAUCAUCAUAGACCUUGAGGUGCAGAUUGGUAAUGCCCUAGUUCAAGUUGACUUCCAUGUCCUAGACAUCAAGUUAAAUUGGAAUUCUUCUCUACUAAUUGGAAGAGCAUUCUUAGCUACUGUGGGAGCAGUUUGCAAUUUGCAAAAAUGCCAGAUGUGUUUGACACUGAUCAACCCAAAGAUUCACUAUGAUCCAGUCAAAGUUGUCAAGCCAUAG